CUUGAUAUCAGAGAGUCCAGAGGAGCCUUCCAUGGAGCCUUCUGAAGAAUCUAGUCAAAUUAACAAAGAUAACUUUUUAGAAGUUCCUAACUUAUCUGAUUCUCUUUCUGAAGAUGAAGAAGUUAAAGCUACCUUCAAACCUGGUUUCUCCCCUCAACCUAGUAGACGAGGUUCUGAUUCUUCUGAAGAUAUUUCCCUAGACAUUCCACCUUCAGGUGUGAGAAGAGUUUCAUUUGCUGACACCUUUGGAUUAAAUCUAGUAUCUGUCAAAGAAUUUGAUUGCUGGGAUUUACCAAGUGUUUUAACCAAUUUUGACUCAAGGAAGGACAUUUUCCACCCAGAAGAAUAUGUUUUAUCUCCACUAUUUGACUUACCUUCUUCAAGAGAGCUUAUGCAACAACUUCAAGAACAGAAAGCAAUACUGGAGUCAGCUGAGUAUCUUCCUGGAUCUACAAGUAUGAAAGGCAUUAUUCGAGUUUUAAAUAUUUCUUUUGAGAAGUUAGUAUAUGUGAGAAUGUCCUUAGAUGAUUGGCAGACACAUUAUGACAUAUUAGCAGAAUAUGUCCCAAAUUCAUGUGAUGGUGAAACAGAUCAGUUCUCCUUUAAGAUUUCAUUGGUUCCUCCUUAUCAAAAAGAUGGCAGUAAAGUUCAGUUUUGUAUACGUUAUGAAACUUCUGUUGGUACGUUUUGGUCAAAUAAUAAUGGCACAAAUUAUAUAUUGGUUUGUCAAAAGAAAGAACAAGAGCUGAAGCCUGUAAAACCUUGGGAAGACCUUGCUAAUAGACAAAUAAAAGGCUGUUUAAAGGUAAAAUCAAGUAAAGAAGAAUCAUCAGUAACGACAUAUACGAAUAACUUUGAGAAUUCAAAGAUUACAGAUACCUAUAUCCCAACAAUUGUUUGUUCUCAUGAGGAGAAGGAGGACUUGGAAACUGGUAAUCAAAAUGUAAAAGAUGUGAACAGGGAACAUGAUGAACUUAAUGAAAAAGAAUUAAAGUUGAUGGUAAAUCAACACUUAAUCAAAAGCCCUACUUCUAAAGAUGAAAAGAGUACAUUUUCAACAUAUACAGUCAAUUUUCCAAAUAAAGCUGAGGGGUUCAAGAAGAAACAUAUUUAUGAUGAAGUAUACACUGACUUGCUUGAAAAUACUUUGUCAUCAAGCUCACCACCAGAAAGCAACCUAAAGAGAGAUUUUUGCCAUGAUGAAAAUGUUUUCUCAGGAAAUGAUUGUAGUCAUCAGCCUUCAGAGAACAUUACUUCAGAUAUAAGAAAAAUCAAGCUGCCAUUGACAAAUAUUGGCAGUGAUGAAUUAGUGAAAUCACAUAUCAGUAUCAAAAAGGUAUUGGAUGAUAAUGCUAAUCCAGAUCAAAGAAGAGGUGAAGUGCAAAUAUCUUGUUCCUCCUCAGAUCAAUUAAUGAGAGACAAACUUAAUAAAAAACAUGAAGGAGAAGCUAUGAAAAUUAAAAUAAAAGAUUUGGAAUGUUUAAGAAGAGAUUUACCUUCAGAUUUUCAUUUGGAAGAAUCCGUAGAAAAAGCAUCUUCCAUGAAAGAUCAUGGGACUGGUAUAAAUGAGAAAGAGAAACAUUUAGGUGUUAAUAAAAAACAAAGCAAAAAUCUUCAAUCAAUGUUACACAACCAAGAGAAGAAGAUGAGCCACUCUGAAAUGAAUGUGAAAAGAAUUGGAGCUAGAGAACUAACUGUUCUACCGAGUAAAGAUACUAUAACUCCUGACCAGGAAAUCAGGACAGAUUUGUUUCAAUCACCAACAGGAAAUCAAAGUUGGGAAGAAGCUGUGUUAACAACCCCAGAGUGUGAUCCCUUGCCUAGUAAAGGCACUACUUUAGGAGAGAUGCCUGGUCAAGUUUGUUCAAGAAAUAGAAUUGUUUUGAGGAAUUAUCAUGUUUACCAAGGUGAAGAAGAAACUUCAUAUUGGGCUAAUACUGAAGAUCAGAAUAAGAACAAACCAUAUAAACAACUACAGAAUGUUUUGGAAGGUCAUGAAAAAACAAGAAAGAGUAAGACAAAUACAACAGAGCAGAUCAAAGAACAAGCAGAUUAUGAAGACAUGUGGGAAAAAAGAGAUAAUACAAUGCGUUUGAAUGCUACUCCUACAGAAUUGUUUACCUUCCAAGAAACAGUGAGCUGUGAACUGUCUUCUCUAGCUGAUCAUGAUAUUAAUGAGAAAGUGGGAGUAGGUACAGCUUAUACAAUUAAGACAUCAGAAAGUGCUCUAGAAAGCAUGUCUGCUACAGAAAAAGCAAUAAUUGCUAAGCUAUCUCAAGAGACAGCACAAAAUUACAGGCCCAUUGAGGUAAAGGAAACAGUGUUUGAUCCACAUGAAGGGAGAAAAGAUAAUUCACAUUAUACCUUUUGUCAAGGAGAUAAAGUAGGUGUAAUCUAUGACAAUGAUUUUGAAAAAAAAACAUGUUUAGAUAUUUACAAUGUACAUGUAGGUAAAGUGGAGAGUGAAGAAAUGCUACCUAUGUACAAUCCUCCAAAGAAAUGUGGCAUUGGAAAUAAAACAUCUGUAGAAGAAUCCUUACAGGUCAUUAGUGGCAAUCAAAGAGCAGAUUCAAAAUUGAAUUUUCAUUUGGGAAUGUUACCAGCAGAUAAAAAAACAUUUCCAAAAAAUAGAGACCAUGGACAGGUCCAAGAAUUAUCAAAGGAAAUGGAUGUCGCUGCCAUUAUUAAUCCUGCUUUAAACUCAGACCCUAAUAGACUGUUUGAGAAUGGCUCUCACAUUUCCAAUCACCAUGCUAAAACUUCAGUGUCAUCUUAUGAACAGGCAGUUACUAUAGAGAAUACAGUUACUACCAUGACUCUCCAAUCUACUCCUUCUAAAUCAGAAUAUAAUUGUAAUUCAUCAGCUACAAUCCAAGGUAUUGAAAAACACCUGCAUCCUUGGGAUAUACCUGAAGAAGUUUCCAAAAGUUCAGGCAUAAUGACAGUUAGUAGAAAUGAAAAAUCUAUAGGUCAGAUUUUCCAACAAAGAGAAUGUAAUGUGAAAAAAUGUUUAAGGCCAAUGGCUUCAGUCACUGAAGAUAUUGAAAACAUAGAAGAGAUAAGGCAUAAAAAUGAAGGAUUGUUAAACUCUGGACAAUCUCCGUGUUUUUCAAGUGACAAGGAAUCUAAGAGCCCUGCUUCUGCUAAUCUCCAUGCCCAAGAAUAUCAAGCUCAAAGCAGUGGAUCUCUGCUUUUAAAAUACAUCAACUCAGACAUAUCUUAUUUCCUUUUGUUUCUGAUAUUUCUUGUAACCAUCUACCAGUAUGACUUAAUGAUCAGCUUGGCAUUCUACCUUUUUUUAUUGUAUUGCCUAUCUUGGGAAGGGGGGAGACAAAAAAAGUCUGUCAGAAAAAAGUAACCUCAUGACUAUUUUUCUUCAAAGAUAAACUAUUUAGCCCCAAAUAUUUGGAUUGGUGAAAAAGACUAUUUAUUGUUCAAAGAGCCAGUACAGGUUUUUCUCUUAAAGGAUGGUUUAAAAAGGAAUGCAUAUGAAAUUUGCUCAUUCAAUAAGUAAUUAUUCUAUAUAGGACCAUUAUGUUUGGUUCAUUAAAUGCCUAUAUGACUAUGAGAGCUGAAGCACAUGAAGUUGAAAUUAGGUACAACUGUUACUCCUUAGCAGGCUAUGAAGUUGCAAUGCUUCACGCCUCUUUACUACUUAAAGUGCUAUUGCUUGCAUUCAUUUCUUUUACAGUAAAGCUUCAUUUUUCCCUGAGUAUUUUUUUCCUCUAUGGUUUUUAAAAAUAGUUAAACAUUCAAUACUGACCAUAAAAUUUGCAUUUACUGAUGUAUGAUUUAUCAGCACAUUUUGAUAGAUUAAAUCUUUCAACUUCAAGUUAAUAAUUUUAGAAACAAUAUACAUGUAUACUAAAAUAUAUAAACUUAAAUUGAAGAAACACAUCACUUGCUUGAACUGAAUAAUGCUUUAUACACACACAUACCUUUUACCUCCUUUAUGCCUACAAAUUCAGGACAUUUAUAAGUCAAAUCUGACAAAGACUGAAACAAUUGGUAAAUGAUCUUUCAAUUCUAUAAAAUUUUAUUGAUGGUCUGUCUUUAAGCAAUUUUUCUCUGUUAUAAAGGGAGGCUGUGUAACACAGUUGAACAAUUUCAAUGUCAACUAUUAUUCAGAGUUGAAAAAUUUAAAUAACUACAAACAUUGCUUUAAAUAAUAACAAUUUAAAAUAGUUCCAAAUAAACUCUUCUACUCAGUAGUAUUUUUGUCCUCAUAUAAAUUUUUAAUCUUUUCUCACUAUAAGACAAUUAUUCCUCAAGAUGAAUUUAGAUAACAACUAAUCAUUAGUGAUAUUUAUUAUAUAACUAUCAGAUUGCUAGAUGAUAACUCAAAUUUUAAAGUAGGAAUAUAAGUAGAUAUGGAAAUCUAGUAAAGGAAAAAUGAAUAUCGAAUGUAGCAUUAAUUUUGACUGUUGUUAUUAUCUAUAGCUAAGUCUGUGAAACAAUGGAACUAGUCAUUUUAGUCACAUGAGGGUAAUGCAAAGAUUUUUAUACAAUUGAUUUUACUGAAUGACUACUAUAAUUUCAAGUCCCACAGAAAUUAAAUGCUUGACUUUAACCAUUUAGUUAAACAAAUAGAAACAUCUUGAAGUAGAACUUAGGGAAAAUAUUUUAUUGAGAAAACAUACUUUUAUUAAAUAUAAGUGGGAUACUGUAGGCCGUACCUAGAAUGUAAUCUCUAAAAUUGCUGUUUUGUUAACUUUGGUGACAGAUAUAAAUUAGAUUGAUGUUAAGGUUAGCAUUUCUUCAGUUCUUAAUAGCUUGGGUUUUUCUUUCUACCUUUAAGAUUUUCACUCAGAAUACCAAAUCUUAUUAAUGCAAAGAAUACUACAUUAUUUCAUGAACAGGUGGGUGGACUGUAAUUAUUCCCUUAUUCACAAAAGAAUGUAAAUUCUUUUAUCUUUUUUUAUCUGACUUUUGGUAACAUUAACUUACUAAACAUUCUCAUGAAUGUUCAUAAUAUGAAAACCCAAGGAUUUAAAUACUCACUGUGUAUUUCUCUCCCUGCAACAAAAACAAUGUGAUUUAAUUGACUUUCUAAACAUCACUUAUGAAACAUUUGAAAUAUUCAUAAACUUAUAAAACUAUUACUAGGUGGAGAAGUAGAUUUUUGAAACAUGUCUUAGUCACAUCACCACGUUGAACAAGAAAAGUAGUUCUCAGGAAGACCUGGCAAAGCCCAGUUAAUAAAAAUUUGAUUGUGAGUCAUCAUGGAAAGAAUAAUCUCUGCAAGCAUAACUGCCUUCACUGUAUCUUCUGAGCAUUAGUUAAGAGCCAAAAAAGGGUAUGUCAUGAGAAUAAGCUCAAAUGCAUUUCACAUAUGCUUCUUAUAGUGGGUAAAAAAUGUGAUAUACUAACAAUCACUUUUUAUCUUGCUGGGCUUCUAUAAGAGACAGAAUUACAAAAAUUAAUUGGCAAGUCUAGCAAGUGUAGGUAGCAAAAUCACCUUAAAAAUUCACAUUUGUAUAAACCAAAUAUAUUUUUCACUGUAAGAAGAAAAGAGUCAUUGAAAUGACAUUCAUCCCUCAACAUUUAAGAAAAUUGGGUUAAUGCAGUUGUGUUUCCUUCCUGAGCUGCAAUAUUUUGCUAGUAAAUUAUUUUAUAAAAUAUAUGUGUGUAUAUAUGUAUAUAUACAUAUAUAUUCUGUUACAAUUUUGUGAAAAGAACAGGAGUAUGUUUUGUUUUUCAUCUUAAAUAGGCCUUCUGGUUAAAUAUGCACAUUCAGUUUGGGAAAUGUAUACACCAAAUUUGGGGGAAAAAUAAAAUACUUAUUUUUUUCCAAAUAGCAUUUAUGUUAUGUUCUUAAUAAUUAAUUUUAGUCAUGAAUAUUAUUUUAUACCACCAGACUUGUUGUCUUCUUUAUUAGGCUCACAUUUUGUGUAUAAAUAAAUUAAAACUGAAAACAAAGGAAAACAAAAACUAGCAGAACUAAUACAGAUGCAGACAGGAGGGCUAUGUCAUCUCUAGGACAAUUUCACCUAUGUAUUUCUCUUAUCAAGAUCUUUGACUUUAAUUUUAAUUCUCAUUGAAUGAAUAUAGAAAUUGAACUACUCAAGAAGGCUCAUUUUUGGUUAGUAGUCCUGUCUUAGUUCUUACAUAAUUAAAGAAUGGAAUCUACUUUAAUUUUGAAACAAGGUACAAAAGAAAUAUUACAGGCCAUGCUCUUCCAGCAUCACUAGAAUUAUAUAUGUAUAUGAAGAGAACAGCUAAAAAAGCUCCUUUCAUUGAUUUGAUUAAUUUUCUGUUUUCAGAAAUAAUUUAUAAUAAUUUAUAGCCACAUUAAUUUUCAUUUUAAAUAAGAAAUUCUGUCAUUAAUCAAAUAUGUUUCCAUAACUUUACUAAAACCUCUUUAAAACAGCAAAUUAAUUUUCACUAGAUUUUCAUCCUAGCUUUGAAUGAUCAUGUUUUAUGAAAAAUGUCAUUAUUGUAGUAUGUUAAAACCUUAUUAAAUAACUCUUCAAAA